AUGGAUUUCGACAUUGCAUGUUCGCGCAAAGCUGGCACCGUUGACUCUUUGGUGGCUCGCAUAGGACUGGAACGCCGAUCGCCAAAUACACUUUCCGCGGUGCGUUGGUUUGGCGGCACAAUUGGCAACGCCCCUGCAACAAACGAGCUAUCGAAGAUGUCACGAUUGAAGCCAGGCUUUGUGAGGCGGAACCAGGAUCCUCCCAAUCCUCCUCGAGGUCUCGUGCUAUAG